GUUUGCUGUGGUGUAAAGCGGACCUGACCUCCUUUGCGUUUGCUGUGAUGGGCGGCCGACAGUCGUGCCAGUAUAUUGUGCUGCAAAGGGAUCUGGUAGGGCGAAUAGAGCGGCCAGAAUCUGGUUGGUGGAACCGCUUUUUCAGACAUGAGCAGCUACUUGAGAAAACGUUUGGACGAUAUUGAACUACGCAACGAACAGAUGGUGGAAAGAAAGGCCUACGAAGCAGAAAUCGAUUCGCUUGAGGAGCAGCUGAGGUUUCUAGAAAGCAGCUAUGAGCGUUUGCAAGCUACUUAUAAAUCUACCUUGGAACAAUCGGCGCUGAAGCAGGUUGAUCUCGUUGUGGCGAAGGACAUUAACAAUCUUGCGCAAUCCAUGGUUCAACAAAAGCGAGCCUUACUCAAUGAAGAAAAACGAAAGCUGGAUGGCUUGCAUUGGCAAGUCUGGGAGGAACAGAGAAAAAUGUGUGAUGAAGUCUGGACAUGUGUUGCUGAGAAUGACAGUGUAAAUUUUUUGAACGACUAUCCUCUCGUUCUGGAAAGGCAGAAAUAUGCCUUUUGCGCCGCGCACGAAUUCGACGGUGACCACAAGGAAGCUGUCAGAGAGAAUCCGGGAAUCAGACAACUUGUAGCGGAAGUAGCUGCUCUGGAAGCGGAAGUUAGGAGUGCUGAAAAUAAUUGCUUAUCACGAAAGCUGCAGGAAGUUGUGUCUGAAAUAGAGAAAUUAAUGGGUAAUGAUUCUGCAUACGAGAACGAUUAUGAAACUCAGAGAUUGAUUGAAGCCUUGGAAAAAUCUCACAGUGAGCGGAUGGAAAUCGAAGCUGAAAUAUCACAGAUUGAGCAUUGCAAGGUUGGUGUUUUCCGAGAGGAAGGGACAGUUAGCAAAACACCGAUCAGUCUCGAGGAUUCGAAGAAUUUACUUUCCGUCAAACACGAGCCGCAGUAUGAUUCUGGAAAGGGUGGUGAACAUUUGAAGAAUGAGGCGCAAUAUAUUCCGGCCGUUAACGCUUCGAAGGAGGAGAAUUGGUUCCAACAAAAUACUAAACAACAAUCAGACCUAGAUGACUUGGAUAUCGUUAGCGUAAUUAAGGAGCAGGAUAAGAAAUUGCAGGCUAAGAAAUGGUACGCAGAUUAUGUACGAGAUCUUGCAGUCAACGAUGGGAAAACCGACCUUGGAAACAGUUAUGCUCCGUUGCGUCAGGAAAAUGCUUUAAAUUUCCCGGCAUAUGCAGACGUAUCAACGGUUGAUAAUGACUCUCCAAAUCGAAACUGUGUCCUUCCUGAUUCCGAAAAGAAAAAAUUUCAGCAACCUAAAGAGCUGACGAAAGACAAAUAUCCAGAACUUCACGAUCCCGAAAUGCUUUCACAGUCCGAGCACUCGGUGAAGUCUCAUUUCUUUGAAAAGAAAAAAGAAAACGCGCCCAGUGAACUUGGUUUGGUUCCGGUAUCGAAGACGAAGAAGAACUCGAGCCCAGAGUUGUCAGAAACGAAGAUGGAGAUCGGAUUACUGCGGGAAAUCACGGAGUCAGAACGGAAAUUUGAACCAAUCUUAGUCACGCCGAGUAUCUUUUUCAAAUCUGAAUCAGAAACCGCAUUUGAUAAGAAUUCGGUACAAUCACGUUAUAGCGGGACUGCACCAUCCACUUCAACCCACGGCAUGAGAACGGCCACGAAGAAGUCGAAAUUCGUGUUGAAGACACCCAGCAAAAUAGGAAAGACUGGGUAUCGUCAAAGGAUAUUGGACGAUUUUCAUAACUUCAUGUUAUCGGGGAUUAAAAAUCCCAAAUCGACCACAGUGAAAUUGGAGUACGACGUAUGAGUGUUGCAUCUGGUGUGGACGAUUAUGACGAGUGAAGGAGGUUCAGGAAUCAAAUAAUUCUGAAGAGCCGCAACAGCUAAGGAAGAAAAAUUGGAUUGCAUAUUUCUCGGUUGCGUUUUACCCUGAAAUGUAAAGAAGGAUGCUAAAGUGGCGUACAUUGAAAUCAGGAAAUUUUGAACGAUGCUUCAACUUGUCGUUACGGAUCGGUACAAAGCGGAGCUUAUUGACGCAAGCACAAAGGAGAGGUAAGCUUUGGUUACAUUGGAAGGUUAAUUUGUUUUUGAAGAGCUUCUUCACAGGUUCAGCUUGAUUACACGCCGAAGGAAUAAGGAAAUCGGUGAAGUGCAAUUUGCACCAACAAAAUUCUCAUGGAAAUUGUACAAAGCCAGUAGCGAUAUUCAUUUUCAAUUUUAUUUCCAGACCUAAAUUCGUUCGGACUUCCCAUUUGCGGGCAGACUUCUUACUGAAAAAGAAACCUUCUAAUCAGAAAAGCCGAAAGCAGGUUUGGGUAUUUAAAAAAUUGAUUGCAAGUACAAUUUGGACCUCAAGUCCUAGUGCUAUGUUGAGUUGAACUAUACGGAAAGUUUGACACAACAGUGGCUCAUCGGAGGUCGAAACUGAACUUUGAUUGUCGUUCGGUUUAGUCGCUGUCAGGGGAAUACCAAAAGGAACACCGAGGAAGUUUGAACGCAAUUACGAUGCGGCUUCUACUCAAUCAAGUGCCAAUUUAAUCCACUCCGCCAUUGAUAGCUCUAGUAAUCACCGGUAUUGGAUUA